UCCACUGAGGAGCCAGAGGAAAGCAGCCAUAGUGUCGGCGCCAUGUACUACGCGGUGCGCAGCGGCCGCCAGCCCGGCGUCUACUCCAGCUGGGAUGAAUGCAGAACACAGGUGAACCGCUAUCCGUCAGCAAGGUACAAAAAGUUCCCAACUUAUGAGCAAGCACAACAUUUUAUACGUGCCGCUGACUACCCCUCCAACUCAUCCUGUGGACAAGCAGAAAGAUCGGCCACAGUCUAUACAGAUGGAAGCUGUUCUCGCAAUGGCAGAUAUGGAGCCCAAGCCGGCAUUGGUGUUUAUUGGGGUCCGAAUCAUCCAUUAAAUGUUUCAGAAAGACUGUAUGGAAGACAGACCAAUCAGAGGGCUGAAAUUGAGGCAGCCAGCAGAGCAGUAGAGCAGGCCAGGGAUCACAAUGUUACCAGACUUAAUGUUUGUACUGACAGCGAGUAUACUAUAAAGGGAAUGACAGAAUGGGUCCCGAGGUGGAAGAAAAAUAACUGGAUGACCUUGUAUGGAGAAGAAGUUGUCAACAAGGAAGAAUUUGAAAGUCUUGAUAAUCUGUGUAAAGAACUUGAUGUCCAAUGGACACAAGUGCAAGGACACCGCGGCAACCCAGGAAAUGAAAAGGCAGACCGGCUGGCUAGGCAAGGAGCAAGAAAAAGAUCAAGAAAAUAAGCACUUUAUUUCUGCAUUGUGUGGUUCAAUAGUUAACCAUGUUUUUGUAGUAAUGUUUUCUGUUUCUGAAGACACUGUUAUACUAAUUGUUCUUGUUGGAUGCACUGAUUUGAGUUCCUUUUGCUUCAGUGGUUUAAGAAUUGACAAACCUAAAAAAUGAAGACUUCAAAAAUAAAAAAUUAAUAAAAA